AUGGCCAUGGCUUCGGCAAUGGACCUCGUUGGCGCGCAGUGCGACGCCGACACAUCUGAAACAGGGCUACGGUUGGACGAACGGUGCGGAGAUCAGGCGGCGAAAAUGGGCUGCAUGGCUGCAUGGCUGCAUGGCUGCAAUCAGAAGAGAAUUGGCCACGGCAAAAAGGGUGGUGUCUACUUAGUUGACGAUGAUUUGCUUGUACUGUACGAGGUUGUCGUCUGCAGCACGUCGUUUGCAGGAGGUCAUGUUAUGCAGACAGACGAGACACAACAAGACGACCGACCACAACAGACGCAGACGGACUGA